AUGCACAUGGACAACUUGGAAGGGUCCAAUGGUGCGCCGGUAUUUACUCCGAGGAGACCGGUUGAAGGGCAGAUGUCGUUUGGUGCUGGACAGCCCGAAUAUAAUGGACCCAGCCAGGACGUUCGCGGUCAAGUUGCACCAGGACUUGGAAUUCCUGAUAUGUUGCCCCAAGCUGGAGGACAUGGGUACAUGCAACAUCCCGACUUAAAUGGAUACGGUCAUGCACAAGGAAAUAUACUUCAAGUGCGAUAUCCUGAUGCAAGGCAAAAGAAGCUCGGCAUUCGGCCGUUUGAUGGAAGCGAACUGUAUGAAGGACUUGGUUCUGGAUUCUUGGAGUGGGGUCGGAGAUUCGAGCGACAAAUUUCGUUGGCACAGUCGUCUUGUGAAUUUGAAUGGCCGGAAGAUGUGAAAGUGGAUGUAAUUGGAUUGCAUCUUCUGUAG